CUAACUGACGCGGGGCGGAUCAGCGAUGAUUAUUUCCUCAUAAUCCUGGCGGAUUGUCACAAUAGGAUGGGGAGAGACCUCACAGAAACCUCACAGCAAGGUCAAAAACCAUGGGCUGGCCCCGGGAAACCUUCAUUGGCGUCUGAGCAGCGUUUGUAAGAGCACAAGGUGGGCGCUGGGUGUGAGUCUGUGCCUCAGGGUGGGGGAAGUGUGUCUGUGUAUGUAUGUGUGUGUCAGGGGCUGUGCCACAGUGUGUGUUAGAGAAUCUGUGUGUGUGUGUGUGUGUGAGGCUGUGUGUCAGGAGCUGUGUGUGUGUGUGUGUGUGAAGGUGUGAGAGGGGAUCAGUGAGUCUGUGCUGUAUCUAAUUCCACCCCCACCCUCACCCUCUCUGGGACCAUGGGGGAUCUACAGCCUGCCAUCGUUAUCGAUAAUGGCUCGGGCCUGAUCAAGGCAGGUAUCUCUGGGGACAAGGAGCCCCGCUCCAUCUUCACCAACGUGGUUGGCAAACCCAGGCAGAAAGCUCUGAUCAUUGGGGCUGGCCAGAAAGACUUUUACAUUGGGGAGGAAGCUCAGGCCAAGAGAGGGGUGCUGAGCAUCAAGUACCCAGUGGAGCAUGGCAUCGUCACCUCCUGGGAGGACAUGGACAAAGUCUGGAGGUAUGUCUAUGACAACGACCUGAAGAUCAAGGCGAACGAGAGGCCGGCACUGCUGACUGAGGCACCCCUCAACCCACUGGCAAACCGCGAGAAGAUGUGCCAGAUGCUGUUUGAGGCGUUUGAGCUGCCUGCCAUGUACGUUGCCAUCCAGGCAGUACUCGCUCUGUACGCCUCAGGCAGGACCACAGGCUGUGUGAUGGACAGUGGCGAUGGAGUGAGCCACACGGUGCCCAUCUAUGAGGGUUACUGCCUGCCCCACGCUGUCCUGAGGUUGGAGCUGGGUGGCAGGGACCUGACCGAAUACCUGGUGAGGAUCUUGACUGAGAGUGGGGUGUCGUUUGUCAGCACAGCUGAGAAGGAGAUUGUCAGGGACAUCAAAGAGAAACUCUGCUAUGUGGCAGUGGAUGUACAGGCCGAGAUGUGUAAGAAGCCGGCCGAUGUGGAGAAAGACUACAAAUUGCCCGAUGGCCAGGUCAUCAAGAUCCAGAACCAGAGGUUCCGCUGCCCCGAGACCCUGUUUGUGCCAGCCAACAUUGGCAUUGAGGCACCUGGCAUCGACAAACUCUGUUUCAACACCAUCAUGAAAUGUGACAUUGACCUCCGCAGGGACCUAUAUGCCAAUGUUAUCCUAGCCGGAGGCUCCAGCCUCUUCCCAGGCAUGGACGAAAGGAUGCUCAAGGAGAUGACCAAGAUGGUACCCACGGGCACUCCGGUCAAAGUCUGUGCCCCUGCCGACAGGAAGUACUCAGUCUGGAUGGGGGGCUCGAUACUGUCGUCGUUGUCCGCCUUCCAGCAGAUGUGGGUGCUGGCCUCCGAGUACAAGGAAGUAGGGGCCAACAUUGUGCACAGAAAGUGUUUCUGAACCAGUGCCCAGCACCGCCUCCAACCCGAGCCUCCCCCCAUCCAAACAAAUCUAAUCAAAACUGCUGUAUUUUAAAAAGAAAAAAAAAAUACUGAAAGAAUAAAAGUGCAGAAUGAACUUUGACAAA